GGAAAAUAUUGAGCUACCCUCGGGUUUGUUUUCAGAAACUAAGAAACCGAGCAACAAGAAUUAAUCCAUUAACCUGAACACCACCCCAUUUUCUCUCUCCUCACUCGUCACCGCCGGAAACCACCAACUACGGCAGCCAUGGACGUCGUAUUCAAGUCCAUCGACGUGCGCGAUCUUCUCUCCGCAUCAGACCUCGACGACCCAUCAUCGCCGCUCUCAGCGCCAGACCUCCGCCUACUAAUCCACCGUCUCGACGCCCAUUCACAGCACAUCAAAUCCAAAGUUCAAUCCUACAUUCUCUCUCAUCACACCCACUUCGCCGACCUCCUUUCUCUCUCCUCCUCCACUUUCUCCGACUCCCUUUCUCUCUCCUCCAAUCUCCACUCCCUUCUCUCUCUCCUCUCCCACGACGAUGAUCAUCGUCAGAUUCUGUCGAUUUUGAAGGAGAUUCAAUCUGGGGUUUCUGAGUUGGAAGCGACGAAGAAGAAAGCGUCGAUUGUGAGGGUGAUUGUGAGAUUGAGUGGGAAUUUGGGGAAUGUUAAGGAGUUGAUGAAAAAUGGGGAUUUUGUUGAAGCGGCAAAAGGGGUUAGGGAUUUGAAACUGGCGUUGAGGAUUGGUGAUGUUGAUGAGGAGAGAGAAAAUGAGGAGGUUGUUGUUUAUGGUUUGCUCAGGAAGCAAUGGUUGCUCUGCUUUGAGGAGAUUCAAGAUUUGCUUGUCAAGUUUAUGAGCAAUGUGGUGAGUUUUGACCCUCAAUUGGGUGGAAUUCGGGUUGUUUAUCGCUCAAGCAUCGGUGAUGCUCAUGGCGUCGAGCUUCGUACAGUUUUGGAAGCCAUGGAGGUGUUGGGAAUACUUGAUUAUGGCCUUGCAAAGACCGCUGACUUGUUUAUCAAGCAUGCCAUUGCUCCUGCAGUGAAUUUUAAGUCCCCCGUUUCAUUUCUGGAGAAAUCUAGUGGUAGCCUGGAAGAGAGCAGUGAUACAAUCUUGAUAAUCUCAAGUUCAGAGUCGAAGACAGAAGACAUGGAUUGCAACGCUCUGUUCUCAAGAAUGACGAAAGUUGUUAAAUUCAUCUACCACAAUGUAUGUCUUGAAAAUGGACCUUGGAUGCGCUGUUUCGGCAAAUUGACAUGGCCGAGGAUGUCCGAGCUUAUUAUUUCAAACUUCCUCUCGAAGGUUGUCCCCGAUGAUGCUUCAAAGUUGGCUGAUUUUCAGAAAAUUAUGAACUCUUCUUCUGAAUUUGAGACUGUUUUGAAGGAUAUUAUGUUCAUUUCUGAGUCGGAUAAGAAUGAUGAAAAACUCAGCAACUUUGCUGAUAAUGUGGAGGUGCAUUUUGCUGUGAGGAAGAAGACGGAAAUGUUGGCAACUGCUAGACAGUUGAUUCUAAAAUGUGACUUUACUGUUCCUGAAGAGUUCGGCAGCAAAGGACAUAAAUUCAGAAAUAACAGAUACAGCGACUGCGCUGUCAAUUUGCUUUUUUCGUCAGAGAGGUGUAUAGUGUCUCAUGCUUCUAGCCAGUUGAUGAAGCUGGUGCAUCAAACACUUAAAGAUGUUUGUUUGUCAUCCCCACGAGUGGCGUUGGAAUUCUAUCAUGCGGCAAGAGAUGCUCUAUUGCUUUAUGAAGCUAUUAUUCCAAUUAAGUUAGAGCGACAGCGUGACAGCAUCAACCAGGCGGCUGUUUUGAUGCACAAUGACUGUCUGUCUCUCUCUCAGGAAAUCCUGGGCCUGGCAUUCGAGUACCGGCCAGACUUCCCUAACUUCAUAAAAGAGCAUGCCAUAUUUGUUGAUAUAGCUCCUAGAUUGCAGCUGUUGGGAGAAGACAUUCUUCAGCAGCACAUUCAAGUUACUAUAUCUAACUUGAAGGAGGCUGUAGAUGGCGCUGAUGGAUUUCAGAAUACUCAUCAAAUGCCACAAUACGAGUCUGUGAAGUUUAGUUUAGAGCGGGUUAUUUUUAUCAUUGAAAAAGUUCGAAUUCUAUGGGAGCCUGUCUUACUGCCUUCAACUUACAAAAGGUGUAUGUGCAUGGCUCUGGAAUCAGUUUUUUUAAGAAUUACGCAAGACAUACUCCUCUUAGAUGAUAUAGCUGCUGAAGAGUCUCUUCAACUUCAAAGACUGAUUCAAUUGUUGCUGGAGAGUCUGGCACCAUUGCUUGAGGCCCUGAGCACUAUUCAAAAUGAUAAGAAUUCUGAUCAGAGCUUUUCACGUCCACUUGAAGCAGACAUUCCAUCGUUGGGAAAAAUCAGAAAACUAGCUGAACUUCUUGACAUGCCCUUGAAGUCCAUCACCGAAGCUUGGGAAUUUGGAGACUUGUAUGGUUGUGGAUUUAUUUUAACAGAGGUUGUAGAUUUUAUCAAAGCCCUAUUUACCGACUCGCCAUUGCGAAAAGAUUGCCUGGCUAGAAUAUACAGAAUCAACUUUUAGAAAGGAUGUCUUUAGGUCAUCAUGUACAAGCCACUGAGUUCUAUUAUUUCGUACAGUCUGCUCAACACCCGAACUACUGAGUCACAGCACUAGUCUUCUCUUUUUCACCCUUUUUUUUUUCCUUAAUAUUUCACUUCCUUCGAAUUUCUAGGGCUUUUUUUAAUGUAAAUUCCCUGUAAUAAAAUGUGCAUUUUGAAGAAAAUUUUGUCCGAGGAUGAAAUGUCUAAUGCUUGCAGAAAGCACUGCUGUAGUGUUGUUGCCAUCCCAAAUUCCCAAGUAAUUAGAAAAUUUUCCUAAUGUUCCUUUUUAACCUAAGAAAAUUUUUAAAUACUGAAGCUAAUAUAAAAAGAUUAUUCAUAAA